AUGCGGAACUACAAGGGGUUUGACGCUGUGGAUGUCCAUCUCGCGGAUGAUGGAAUCGUCCAAGCAAUCGGCAGUGGGGACAUUGUCAUGUCGAUGAAGACACCCCAAGGGAUGAAGAAAGGUGUGCUCACAAAGGUGUGGCACAUCCCAAAGUUAUCCAGAAACCUGUUCUCGGUCGGCCGCUUCAUCAAGGAUGUCGGCCCAGUGACGUUCACGAAGGAUGGGUGCUAUGGAGAAGCGAAAGGGACCAAGUGGAAAAUUGGUGCCCGUGAAGGUAAAGGACUGUUCAAGCUGCAAAUGACUCCAGUGGCGCCGGAACAAGCAAAUGCAGCCAAGUCGUCGGGAUGUCAAGAGGGCACCAAGUCGUACCUCUGGCACCUUCGGCUUGGCCACAUAGGUCACGAUGGACUCAAUUGCAUCGUGACGAAGAACAUUGGAAUUGGCAUCGACAUAUCUUCGGUGAAGAAGUGGGACGUGUGUGAAGAUUGUGCUCUGGGAAAACAGACUCGAGUGCGCUUCCAAUCAAACACUACAGCUCGCACCUCCAAACUCCUCGAAGUGAUUCACAGCGACGUAUGCGGACCGAUGUCGAUGGCAACUUUCAGUGGAAAACGGUACUUCGUGACAUUCAUUGAUGACAAGUCAAGAUACUGUGUCGUCUAUCUGCUCAAGAGCAAAUCUGAAGUUGCGGCGAAGUUCAUGGAAUACGCUGCGAUGGCCGAAACGCAAACCGGAAAGCGCGUGAAGUACCUUCAAAGCGACAAUGGGGGUGAAUACAAGUCCGACAAGCUGGCACGAUUCUGCGCGGAACGGGGAAUACAACAAAGGUUCACACCCCCAUAUACUCCUCAGCUAAACGGAGUAGCUGAGAGAAUGAAUCGCACGCUGGUCGAGUGUGCGCGUUGCAUGAUGGAACACGCUGGACUGGGAAAGAGCUACUGGGGUGAAGCAGUGAUGACGGCGAUGUUUCUUCGAAACCGCUGUCCAACACGUGCCAUUCACCAAGACAAGUCUCCAUAUCAAGUGUGGACGAUGAAGAAACCGAUUCUGGCCAACCUUAAAGUGUUUGGAUGCCACGCGUAUGUUCAAGUGCCUCAAGACAAACGCGCGAAGUUCGACUCCAAGUCAUCACUCUGUCGUUUCCUGGGAUACGCCGAACACCAGAAGUCAUAUCGAUUUGAGGAAGUGUCAACAGGAGCGAUCAAGAUCAGUCGCGAUGCCACAUUCAAGGAAGACAAGUUUGAUGAAGGUUCGCGCAACUACAACGAUGAUUCAAGUGCCGUUGAGUUUGAUGAUCAAGACGAGGACGAAGAAAAAGAAGAAGGUAAAACUGACGACGACAUGGACUCGAGCGACGAUGACAACGAAGACACCAGGUCUUCGAAGAGCAACAUCAAGAGACACACGCGCACUCAAUCACUUGAGAAAGCUACCGUCAUUCCAAGUCCCAAGCGAAGAACAUACAGAGGUCCGUCGCUUGAGCAUGUGUCAGCGGCUGCAAUGGAUUUUGAAGCAGCCUACAUCGUUGAUUCAGUGGGGGAAACGCCGACUACAUUCAAGUCGGCGAUGGAAUCAAGCGACUCCGGCAAGUGGAAAGAAGCGUGUGACUCGGAGUUCGAUUCGCUUCAGAGAAACGACACGUGGGAAAUCGUGCCUCUUCCGAAAGGUCGCAAGGCCAUCGGGUGCCGAUGGGUUUUUCGUGUAAAGGAGAAUCAAGAUGGCGAAGUUGAACGUUUCAAGGCAAGACUUGUGGCCAAAGGAUUCUCACAGAAAUUCGGAGUUGACUAUGAAGAAACUUUCGCACCGGUGGCCAAGUUCACAUCGAUUCGUGUGGUGCUCAGUAUGGCGGCUAAGUACGGCCUAAUGCUACAUCAGAUGGACGUCAAGACAGCGUUUCUUAACGGCUCCCUCAACGAAGACAUCUACAUGGACCAGCCGGACGGAUACCUGGAUGCAACACAGCCGGACUAUGUGUGCAAGCUAAAGAGAUCACUCUACGGCUUGAAGCAAUCGCCUCGCAUGUGGAACCAAACAAUCGAUGGGUUCAUGAUCAAGAUGGGAUUCAAGAAGUGCGAAUCGGACCACUGCAUCUACAUCAAGCGAGACGACCAAGACAUGAUUCUCGUGGUGCUCUACGUCGAUGAUCUCAUCCUGGCCAGCAGCAACAACGAACUCCUCAAGUCAACCAAGAUGGCGCUGAGAAAACGCUUCGAAAUGACGGAUCUCGGUGAGCUCGAUUACUUUCUCGGCAUGGAGAUCAAGAACGACCGUAAGACGGGAAUGGUGACUGUACAACAAACCAAGUUUCUCAAGUCCGUGUUAACCAAGUUCGGAAUGGAUAACAGCAAGCACGAAGACACCAUGUGCAACGUGCCAUAUCGAAGUGCUGUCGGAGGCAUCAUGUAUCUCAUGGUCGCCACACGUCCGGAUCUAGCUGCUGCAGUGGGAUCAUUAUCCCAGUUCUCGUCCGACCCAUGCCCGACUCACUGGCAAGCUUUGAAGCGUGUGCUGAGAUACCUGCAAGCAACGCCCAAUCAUGGUCUUGAGUUUACACGUGAAGAAGGAAGCCGUAUCUGCGGGUACACCGACGCAGACUGGGCCGGCGACAUUGAGUCAAGACGAAGUACAAGCGGCUAUGUGUUCAUGAUGAGCGGAGGAUGCAUCAGCUGGAAAAGCCAGAAACAACGGACGGUCGCGCUAUCUUCAACAGAAGCAGAAUACAUGGCGCUUUCCGAAGCAACCAAAGAAGCAGUAUGGCUCAAAGUGCUUUUGGGGGAACUUGGUGAGAUGACAAGCGACGAAGCGAUCAAGAUGUAUGAAGACAACCAAGGAUCAAUCGCUCUCGCCAAGAACCCGGAGUUCCAUAAGAGAACAAAACACAUCGACAUACGCUACCAUUUUGUGCGUGAGAAGGUGGAAUCAGGUGAAGUCGUUUUGGAGUAUUGCCCGACUCAAGAUAUGCUGGCAGACAUGAUGACCAAGCCGAUCGCCGCUGUACAAUUUGAAAACAUUCGCGAUCGACUUGGGAUCCAAGGUGCCGCAGCUAACGAGUCGAGAGGGAGUGUUGAAAAGACAGCGGCUGUGAAGAAGACACCUCGUCAAGCUGCGUCAAGUGUUGAAGCAAGUGGAAGACCAAGCUUCGCUAUACCGGUGGGUACCGGUAUGUACCAGUAA